AUGGCGACCGCAGUAUCUUCGCGUGCGGGCGAGUUACCUCGUGGGCCUGCCGGCGCUGCUGGACAACUUCCCCGUUCGCGUCGAGGCGAGCAGGUUCACCUGCGCGAGGGCGUCAAUGUCGCCCUCAAAUACUUCAACACAACCGAUCGUGCCGAGAUCAAGUUGUUGACUUCCAAGGCAAAGAACUGGGCGGAUAGAUAUUAUAAAGGCUACAACUACGCCUUCAAGAGACCAACUGCUCUUCUCAAGCAGUACCCCAACCUGUUCAACAUGAACACCCAAGCACACGCCCGGCUGGAACAACAAACACCAGCCCAGACCGCCAUGCCCGAGCCAGAGUCGGGAGAUCCUCGCGAGUUUCGCCGUUGGGAGAGGCAGGCCAUCCCCUCUGAGCCGUUCCCAGAAUUCACCGAGCCCCUACUGGCUUCCGACGAGCUGAUCAACGAAGCUCUUGAGAUGCGCUCUUGUCGAUCGUCUGGUGGUGAUGCUGAAGCCAGCAAGCGAGUCGACGCCGCCAUGCUUUGCCAAUCCGGCCUUUUGGAGAAGCUUCCUGAGUUCCUGAGCCAGCUUGCUCGCGUCGAUCUUGAUCUCGAGACUAGACUUGCCAGCAACCCAGAGCCUGAUCCAGUCGGUGACAAUGUAGAGAUCACCGAGAAGCCGACUUCGGAGCUGGAAGUCCCCACUGAGCUCACAGAGACACAAGCCCGCCGUCAUGGUCGGCGUGUUAUUUUGCCCGGUGGUCGCCCGUUCAAGCUUCCCGGAGAAGAGAUCGAAGACGGCCGCAGUGCCGGCAAGGCUGGCGGUGCUGAGAGCAGCACUGUUGUUUCCGACUCCCAGGACUUCUACGGCAGCGGUGACGAGACGGAUGCCUCGACCUCCACCACGGCGAGCCUCCGUGUUAAGCGUAAGCGCAGAAUGGACACCGUCUCGGACGAGAAUUUCCAGCCCAACAAGAUCCGCAUUCAAUACACCGCGCCGCCCACCAACCUCGCUCGCCAGUACAAGGAGAUGUUGGCGGAGCAUGCUCGCCAGAAUCCCGAUGGCUCUUCUAGCGACGCCCUAGCGGACCUUGAGUUUAAGAUGCCAACUCUGGAGCGGUCGCCGAGUGUGGCGAGUUUGACAAGCAUCCGGGUCAUCAAGAUCAAGAUUCCCGAGGGUUGGUCGACCCCGGAGAGCUCCCGGUCAGGGACUCCCACUGAACCUUCGCCGCCAAAGGUCAUUGUUCUCGUGAACCCUCGCUCGCGUUCACCAUCUCCUCCGGCUGUCGCUUCUGCGACGCCUUCCCGAAUCACCAAGAUCAAGGUGAUCAACUCGCGCACCCCCUCUCCUGUUGACAGUCUUGGACGCACUGCCACGCCCAGCAAUAUUACCAAGAUCAAGGUUGUCAACUCACGUGGCAACCCUCCAACUGGCUCUGUCAAACGUUCGGCCUCACCCACCAAGAUCACCAAAAUUAAGGUGACCAAUUUUCGCCCGACCACCCCUGUCGACUCUGCCAGUCGCUCAACGACACCAAACCGGGUGCCGCGUAUCAAGGUCAUCAACCGGAAGCUCUCCCCCGAAGCCCUAGAGAAGACCUUCGAGGUAGCGCAGGAGAGGUCGGUCAGUCCCGAGAGCAGCGGCGUGCCUUCGCCCUCGGGAAGCACUUCCAGCAGCAACCUCGAGAUUGCUCGCUCGUCCUCGUCUUGCUCCAACACUUCGCUCGACUCGACCUGGUCUGCCACUUCGAAGAAGACCACGCGAAUCAAGUGGGCCAACAAGAGGAGUUCCCCUGCUCCCUACCAGAGUGCUCCCGACCUGCCGGCUUCGUCAAGCUCGGAGAGGUCUGCUAGGCCUAUGACCUUCAAGAUCGCCAAGCGGCCCCGCGUCAAGAGCGUUGGGGAGGCUGAUGUGCGAGCGAGCAAGCUGCGGUCAAGUAGGGUGUUUCUGGUUGAUGAGCUCGACAUGGCCCUUCAUGACCUCUAA